AUGGACGACAGGAAAAGUAGAGGAACAGUAGAGGAACUAACUGUGAAGGAAUCCAAAUGUUCAACUCCAACUAUAGUGCAGCAACCAUCCAGUAGCAGUAUAGUAGAGGCUCAACAAAACAGCAUCCAUCCAACAGCAUUCAACGACUCAACAGAGGCUCAUUGUCAGAUCAAUAGUGGCAGUCCCACUCCAACAGAGAACCCGUCGGCCAGAAGCAGCAAACAGAAAAAAGUGCGUGAAGAGAUUGACGUUUCAAGUGAAAAAGUGCGCGGAGAAAGCAAAGUGAAGAAGUGCGUCAAAGUAAAAGAGUGA